AACACUAUAAAUCGCCAGUUUGGUGUUUGUACACAUUGGACUUGGUUGACUUGGUUUCUUUGUUACAGAAAAUCCAAUUUAAAAGUAAUCUUAAAGGCGCGUCUACAUUUGGAGCAACUUGGAACCGUCGUCAUCGAAAGAAAGCAAGUUUUGGGACUAAUUGAGUUUAAACCGUCAAUAAUAACCAUGACGAAGACGCCCCAAGAAAUUGUGAAAUCAGCAAGAGAAGCGUUUGAUUCUGGUAAAACGAUACCGUUGGAGUUCCGUGAGAAGCAACUAAAAAGUUUGUUAAGGAUGUAUGAAGAAAACGAGGAGGAGAUGUUGGAGGCGCUAAAGCAAGACUUAAAUAAAAGUCGGAUGGAGGCUACUUUAACGGAAAUAAGUAUUUUAAAGAUGGAUAUUAAGGAGCAAAUAACAAAUUUAAAGGAGUGGGCGAAGCCGGAAAAGCCCCCAAAACCCGUUGCGAACAUAAUGGAUGAAGCUUUGAUUUAUAAAGAUCCUUAUGGUGUUGUUCUUGUAAUAAGCGCUUGGAAUUAUCCAAUUAAUUUGGCAUUUCUCCCGGUAACUGGCGCAAUCGCCGCUGGAAACUGUGUAAUCAUAAAGCCAUCAGAAAUAUCUCCAGCAUCAGCCGAAUUUGUCCGAAAAACGCUUCCAAAAUACUUAGAUAACGAGUGUUAUCAAGUCAUGUGCGGCGGAGUACCUGAAACAUCGCAACUUUUAAAAGAAAAAUUCGAUUACAUCUUUUUCACAGGAAGUACUCACAUUGGCAAAAUAGUUUACGCCGCGGCCAACGAGAAUUUAACCCCGGUUACUUUAGAAUUAGGCGGAAAAAGUCCCGUUUUUAUCGAUGACGAUACAAAUAUCGAUGUGGCAACUCGAAGAAUUUUGUGGGGGAAAUGCAUGAAUGCUGGACAAACUUGUAUAGCCCCGGAUUAUAUUUUGUGCUCAAAAAAGACUCAAGAUAAAUUCGUAGAAACCGCCAAAAAGAUUUUGAAGGAAUGGUACGGGGAUAACCCGCAAAAAUCCGACGAUCUUUGCAGGAUCGUAAGCGAUCAACACUUUAAAAGAGUUUCAAAGUAUUUAAAAGAUAACGGGAAAAUUGCGACUGGGGGGAAAUGCGACGCUGAUGAUAAAUUUGUCGAACCAACGAUUUUAAUUGAUGUUAAACCGAACGAUCCCGUUAUGCAAGAUGAAAUUUUCGGCCCAAUUCUCCCAAUUUUAACCGUACACGAUUCGAAGGAAGCGAUCGAUUUUAUUAGGCAACGAGAAAAGCCCCUCGCGAUGUAUAUUUUCUCAGAAAACCGACCAACGAUCGAUAAAUUUCUUCGAAACACUUCAUCCGGUGGGGUUUGCGUCAAUGAUACUUUAAUGCAUCUCGGGCUUUCAACGCUUCCAUUUGGAGGAGUUGGUUCCAGCGGAAUGGGCCAUUACCAUGGAAAAUAUACAUUCGAUACUUUUGUACACAGAAAAAGUAUCUUGGUGAAAAAUUUAAACAUGAUUGGGGAGAAGAUCUUAAGCAGCAGAUACCCACCUUAUUCUCAAUCAAAAUUAAAGCGACUCCAAAUGGCAUUGGAGAAAACCCAAUUCGAAAUCAAAUUAAAAUAUGUUCCUUAUAUGUUAAUUUUUGGGUUGGGGCUGAUCACUUCGUUUUUAGCUAGGUAUUUUGUUGAAAAACAGAAAUUCCGUUCUUAAUAAAAUUAAUUUCUUGCAUUUAUUUACUUUUAUUCAUCGUUUUGUAGUCAAAAAUAUAGGUUUAUGUUUAUAAAUGU